AUGGCGGUUCCAAGUCGUACUGUUGAUUACUCCGAUGAGAGUGGAACUGUUUUCGAGGGCGUUGUUUACAUUCCAGAGUAAGUGUCGUAUUUCCAAGUGAUCUUUUUGAUAUUAUUCCAUUCUGAAGCGCGAAAAACUCGAAAGUUCCUGCUGUUCUUGUGUUCCCAGCAUUCCGAGGAAUCACAGAGUUUGAGAAGGACAAAGGGCAUCAACUGGCACAGGUAACUGAACUUAACAAACACUGAAAUAGAACAUAUCCGUUGCAGCUUGGUUACUUCGCGUUCGUCGCUGAUGUCUAUGGAAAAGGGGUCAGGCCGACGGAAAGAGCGGACGCCUUCGCCACAAUGGGUCCUCUCGUCUCCAACCGCACCGAGAAACUGAAGCCACGUCUUCUGGCGUCCUUGAACAGUUUGAAGACGUUACCGAAGUGGACACAUCCAAAUUGGCGGCCAUUGGAUACUGCUUCGGAGGACUCUGCGUCCUCGAUCUUGCCAGAUACGACGUGGGUCUCAAAGCCGUCGUCUCGUUCCACGGAACUCUCAAACCAGUGCCCGAUGUUCCGUUGGAUCCAAUCGUCGGAACGUCCAUUCAAGUUCACCACGGAGACGCGGACUUCCACAUUGCAAAGGACCAAGUGGAUGGGUUCCACGAAGAAAUGAGAACUCGGCAGGCAGACUUUGUUUUCUCUUCUCACGCGAAGGCAAUGCACGCGUUCACCGAGCCAGAGGCCGACAGUUUCAAUGCUCCGGGAAUCGGGUACAACGAGAAAGCGGCCAAGAGAUCGUGGAAGGCAGCCACUUCCCUUUUUGAGGAAGUUUUUGCUUUUUUUUUGAACACUGAGCGUACAAAGUGA